AUGGCCAUGAUUAACGACAGUACUUCAUCCUCGGCUCUUCUACAUGCUAUGCUAGCCUAUUCUUCCCUUCAUCAGCACGACCUGAGCGAAACAGCUCUCAAGCUCAAAGUUCAGGCACUUCACCUGCUCUCUAUUUCCGCCGAAGAUGGAGAAUUGUCCUUGGUGAAUGCCUCCCAGCACGUGGCUGCUUCCAUGCUGCUUGGAUCAUUUGAGACAUUACGCCCUUCUGAUAGUUCAGGGGAAUGGCUGUGGCAUAUUUGGGGCGCUGUGGACGUUAUUCAAGCUACGCAACUCAGCGAUCGUUCUUCUGAGAUUGAAACCUACGCUGUCAUUGACUGGGUCAACUAUCAUCAUACGCUCUCACGCUUCAGCACACAGCACUGGCGACACAAAGCAUUGGCUCAGAACACGUUCACCAUACCGGCCCAACGCUCUGGUCAUGUAGCCAUGUCUUCAUUGUCAAUAUACAAACCCAGUCACCCUUCUAUAGAUCCAACAUCAUCGAUAAUGAGCCUUCUGUUUGAAGCAUGCAAUAUCUUAAUCGAUCCAAAAGAUCCCAAAAGUCACAGCCCGGAAUAUCGCAACUCACUCCAACGGCUCGAAACGCAGGUCGACGAUCUCAUCGCCAGCCCGAUCCCGAAUAGUCUAAACCCCGAAAGCGCAGUCGCCUUGGAACUCUAUCGCGUAGCAACACGAAUAUAUAUAGCGCGCGCUUCACAGAGUCCAUGGGAAGCACCCGCUCUUCUAGACUCGCUGAUAGAUGCACUGUUUGAGGGGCCAGUGGCAUCGUGUACCUGCAUCCACUUCUUCCCUCUGCUGAUUCUCGCUUGUGAAUCAGGGAGAGACGAUCAGCGGGUUGCGAUUCUUAACUUGAUUGACAGAACUCAGCGCGAUGCACGGGUCAGAAGCAUGAAGGCGGUGACGAAUGCCAUUCAGGCUAUUUGGGUGCAGCAGGAUCUUCAUGCUGAUAGUGAGGUUUUGGUGAAUUAUAUGGAUCUUCUCAGUAUUGGGCUUAGCUCAAACAGCACUAUACCAUCUUUUGCGUAA